UGGAAUUCGAUCUCCGCCGUGGGAGCAGCUAUCUUCUUUGAAAUUCCGCCAAUCGGUUGAGAUGUGUUUGCAAACUAUUUAGCGGUGGUGUGUCCGUAAAAUGUAACAGCACCCCGAAGACGACCCACGAAAAACCAGCCUCAUAAUGUCGCGCCUGCUGAUGCGGCGACGGAUUCUGCUGAUGGUCUUGCUCUUUGCAGCUCCACUGCGAAACGCACCCUUCGGCGGAGCACAGGUGGCAAUAGCGACAUCAACUGGUGGUGACCGCCAAAUUCCGGCGGAGUGGCAGCGGGACUGGGAGUUGGAUCCGGACUGGGACUUCAAUGGGAACGGGAACGGGGACAGCGACUCUAUACCGCCGCCGACGUCACGGGCUUUUGACGACCUUUACCGUGUUGAUAGCGGAAAUCCCCUGCCGAAAGCGAAAGGCGCGGAAAUGGACAAACAAUUCGGAGAUAACUAUUUCUCCCCGUAUCCGGAGUUGUUUGGUCGCCAGUGGCACCUUCAGCACCUCAAGCAGCUGCAGGUGCAGCACAAGUGGCAAUCUCCGCCAGCUGAGGAGGUCAAGGCCAAAAGGGCACCCCCCAAGUGGCCACCCGAUAACGACGAUUACGCCUACAACUUGCAAUGGAAACGCAAAAAUCUGCCGGAUUCGCUUCGCUAUAUGCCCUCAAUCAGUGCUGGAGCCAUGACCAAUCUGGGCGGCUUCUUCAACCAACUGGAGGCGAACCUGCGCUUCGCAGAGCAGUCGCAGCUGGGCGAGUCGGAAACGCGAAUGCUGGAGGGGAAGCACCCGCACCCCCUGCACCUGCCGCCAAUGCCGCCCGACGCUCCGGAUGAUCCCGCCCAGCAGCAGGAGCACGACCGGAAGACAUCGAAGCUCCUGCACGCCCUGCGAAGCUACAGACCCUCCCAGAAGAUCCGAUCGCUGGUGUCGCGCAAUCCGCAGGGAUAUCGCGGAUCCCAGUUCAUAGACCCCAGCUACAUGUGGUUGGGCCUGGGAAAAUGACAGUGAGUCCCUGGGAAUCAUGGAAUUAAAAGCCAACAUCUAUCAGUAGGUAACUAAGUAGCUGCAACGAACGCCGC